UCCGGCCCGGCAACAAGGGCCCCGAGCUCCCCGGCAAGCGUCGACAGCCACCACAGAGCCUUCUCGUUCAGCUCCAUCAGGAGCCGGCCCUGGGGCUCCGUCAGCAAUGCGGAGCGGAACUCGCCUCUCGAUCGAGCCAACAGCUUGCGUGCCAAGGCCCGACGGCUGUCCUUGCAGCGACCGUCGUCCUCUUCGUCUCGUCUUGAUCCUCCCACCCGCCGAGGCUCAACGAUUUCAGACGACCGUGGUCGAGUAUCUCUCGCCACCAGCCGCAGCUUGAACUCGGCCCACGCCUCCUUGGCUUCAUCUAUCGACUGGGAUGCGCAACCUGUCGAGGGAUCCGGGCCCCUUGAGCCGGACACGGUUUUGCUGAAGACCAAGACAGCCUACUUGGUAGUGACCAGAGACUAUCUCGUAAAGAUGAAGAGCCGUGCUGAUGCUCUUGCGCUUUUUCCGGCAUUGGCGACCGAAGGGGAGAGCCCGGCUACGAUCAGCCCGCACCAACCUGAACCGCUGGUAGUCAUCCCGAUAUCCGCCAUCGUAUCCGUCCUCCCAGCGGAGAGCACACGCCCGUCCUUCGGCUUCGAGGUUUGGUGGAGGAGCCCGCUGUGCACCCCCUUGUUCUGCCGCUCGGAUUUCUUCUUCGGCACUCUCGCAGACCGGAACGCCCAUAUGCAGCAUAUUAUCCGGGCCAUGCGGGCCAGCCACCACGACGGGGGCGGUGCUGCCGGCCACCCGCAGGAUAUCGAGGUCUUACUGAGCAGGAUACAUGAUGAGGCCGAAGAACCGAACCCGCACCGUCGCAAGCCAGACAUCUUUCCCGUCGUGCCGCGUGGGAGCACGAGAAAGCAGUACAUGGCCAAGCUCGAGGAUGCUACGAAGAAGCUUCAGGAGAGCCCUGCGUUCUACCUUGUGAUUGGGACUUAUCUCUGCCAUCUCGUCGAGGUUGCGAGGUCGAAAGGUGGAGAGCCCGUCUGUCGGCACAGAUCGUACGGCUUGGUCACAUUGGAAAGAUUCAACGCAGAAUGGACUGUGCAUGAAGAGCGGUUCAACAUCACGUUCCGUGACCCGUUUAAACCCCCCGUGACGCUCGAGCUCGCGAGCCGCUACUACCGGCAGAUCGUCCGCGCCUUCGGCAUGGCCGAUCGCUUUCUCAAGCCCGCCUGGCCGCAGCUGUGGCAGACCAUGGAGAUCUUCCUCGUCUCGGGCCUCAACGAGCCCCAGUAUCUCGUGCCCAAGGAAGAUUUCGGGUGUUUCAAGCGAACGCUCGAUGCGUACCUGGCGGCAUAUCGCUGCGAGGCUGUCGACUGGGAGAUCAACUGGAAGACGCGCUUCGCCCCCGAGUUCCGACUGUUGCCCUCAAAGCGCGGAAAGUACGCGCCGUUGCAGAUCCUGGCUGUCCUGCGUGCCCUGCGGUACAAUGAUUACUUUAACUCGCUGUCCUUCAGGGACGUCGACUUGUCGGUCCUGCACGGACUCGAGGACAACAACACCCCAGGCAACGGGAAUGUGGCCUAUCUCAACCGUGCAUGCGUCGCCCUCGGUCCUGGAGAAAUCGAGAUGUUGAAGGCUAGGCCGCUCUUGCAUCAAGAAUUCCACGCCCUUGCGUUCUGCGCCCAGACGAUCCGGCAGAUCGACUUUCGGAACUGCUGCAAGUCGCUCCCUUCGCCUCCGUCGCGAUUAUCAUCACAGCAUGGGACCCGACCCCCCAGCCUCCAGUUCCUUGCGCCGAUUCUCAAUCUGCUGAAGUCCGGCAUCACCAAGUGUAACUGGCUGAUCCUCAGCGGCAACGUCCUCCCGCAGGCCGACAUUGACGAUCUCGCGGAGACCAUAAAGAUGGGCGUCAUAGAAGGCCUUGAUGUGUCGAAUUGCGGCCUCGACGACGCCAACCUGAGAGAUAUGAUCCUGCUGCCCCUUUCGGAGCGCAGGCUACGGCUCCACGCUCUAUCCAUAUCCGGGAACCCAGGCCGCCUGCCAGCCCACGUCUUACCCGGAUUGCUGCAAUGCCUCCCCGAGAUCCGAGAACUACACCUGACCGACAGCAUUCGGGCGGAGAGCUCCUUCGUCGGCUCCGUACUCCCGUUUGCUACACUAGAACUUAUGGAGAGGCUCGUGGAGGUUGACAUCUCGGGUUACAAGAUCGGCGAUGCGACGUUCAAAGACAUCGAGCGUUUCCUGCAUUAUCGAAGCUGCAGGCUGGCCCACGCGCAACCCCUGAGGUUCCGCAAGCUUGUCCUCAACAACUGCGGAAUCACCGGCACGCAGGCGGCCCGGCUCUUCCACGCCAUCGGGGAGAACUACGGCCUGCACCUCUGCCUGAGCGGCAAUCCGAUCGAGGACGGGAUUUCCGACCUCGCAGCCGCCAUCCGACAGAGCCACGGCCCGGCCGGGCUGCACCUCGAGCUGAUCGAGUUCAGAGAGGAGGCGAACUACCUCUCCCUGAUCCGCGCGCUCACGGAGACGCGGCACCUCUCCUUCCUCAGCCUCGCAGGCACCGCGCCGUCCCCGCCGCCGCACGGCGCGUGCAGCGACGAGCUGGUGGCGACGCUGCACGACCUGUUCGCCCGCAACGCGUCCAUCCGCUAUCUCGACCUGUCCGGCUUCUCCGGCCGGCUCGACGACGGCCAGCUGGCGCGCGGCUUCGGCCGCGCGCUGGCCGGCCUGGCGGGCAACACCACGCUGACGCACCUGCGCGUGCGCAGCCAGCGGCUGCACGGCGACGCCGGCGCGCUCGGCCGCGCCCUCGCCGCCAACGCCGCCCUCCUCGCCCUCGACUGCCGCGACAACGGCCUCAACCUGACCAGCCUGCGCUUCCUCGCCGCCUCGCUGCGCCAGAACCGCUCCCUCCUCGCCUGCCCCUUCCCGCCCCCGGAGCGCGACGCCGUCUGGCGCACCGUCCUCCGCGGCCUGCAGCGCACCCCCUCCUCCUCCUCCUCCUCCUCCUCCGCCGCCGCCGCCCUGUCCGCCCCCCCGGGCUCCGUCUCGGCUACCGCUGCCGCUACCGCUGCCGCUGCCGCGGCCGACCCGGCAGCCCCCCUGGACCGCGGCCGCCGCGACACGCUGCGCCGCGAGGAGGAGCGCCUGCUGCGCGAGGAGCUCGAGCGCCAGUUUGCCGCCAUCGAGGCCCGCCUGGCAGAGAAUCGC